AUGCUAGAAAUCCCGGCUGUAGCACUAUUGCAGGAGCAACGACGCAAGCCUUAUCCCGGAGUCGCCUCCCUACGCAAGCCUAUAACCGGAUAUGAACCUUCACCUACAUGCCCAAUAGCGGAAAGGCCUCGCAGUCUCGAGACCGGAUACUGGACAUUACGACUGCAGAAGGUGGAGGAGCUGAACUUUUCUGCUCUCCUAGUUCUGGGAAAUGGCCAGUUAGAAAAAAGCCUCCUCGCCAGCGCUACCCCUUUCCCUGCACGCUCGGUUGUUCUGGUCUCUACCUGCGCCGUCAACCCCUCUUCCAGGCCCGCUCGGAAUGCUCCCCCAUCGGCCUCGCCGCAGCUAACCACUAUGGCAUAG